UACGAUAUCGGUGCGGGCGAACAAUCGCGAGCCCUCUAAUAGACGUGUUCCGUCGACUAUCACGGACAUUACAAAAACUACCUAGUCAAUUUGUUUCGUCGACUAUCACGAGCAAAUUAGAUAAUCUUUGUGAUGUGUUCAGUCGACUAUCACGGGCAAUUAAAAAACCCUAGUCAAUUUGUUUCGUCGUCUAUCACAAGCAAAUUAGACCCUUGCUAAACUUGUUCCGUCGACUAUCACGGGCAAGGCAAAAAUUACCUUGUCAAUUUGCUUCGUCGGCUAUCAUGAGCAAAUUUAAAACCUCCUUCCGAAGUUGUUCCGUCGGCUAUCACGGCCAGUUUAGAAAACCAAGUCAAUUUGUCUCGUCGACUAUCACGAACAAAUUGGAUCCCCUGCUAAGAUUGUUCCGUCGACUAUCACGGGCAAGGUAGAAAUCCUAGACAAUUUGUUUCGUCGACUAUCACGAGCAAAUUAGACCAUCUUUUUAAAUUGUUCCGUCGACUAUCACGGACAAUUCAAAAAUUACCUAGUCAAUUUGUUACGUCGACUAUCACGAACAAAUUGGAUCCCCUGCUAAACUUGUUCCGUCGACUAUCACGGGCAAUUUAGAAACUAACUAGUCAAUUUGUUUUGUCGUCUAUCACAAGCAAAUUAGACCCUCUGCUAAACAUGUUCCGUCGACUAUCACGGGCAGUUUAGAUAACUAAGUAAAUUUGCUUCGUCGGCUUUCACGAGCAAAUGAGAUCCCUCCUUCUAAAACUUAUUUCGUCGACUAUCACGGACAAUGUAGAAAACCUAACCCCACUCUGCAUACCGCGAGGGGGCAACCAAAUUUCCGAGUCAGCUUACCGUAACCGAAAGAAAAAAACCUUCACCCACUCUGCAUACCGCAAGGGGGCAACCAAAAUCCCAAGUCUGCUCUACCGCCACGGGAAUAAAUCUGCAUCCACUUUGCUUACCACACCAGGCAACCAAACUCCAAAGUCUUCCCUACAGUCAUGGGAACAAGUCAACAUCUCACAUAGCUACAAUUCACGGGAGCUGAGGAGCGCCCCAACCAUUCAAAACCUCACGGGAGCUGAGGAGCGCCCCUACCAUUCAAUACCGCACGGGAGCUGAGGAGCGCCCCAACCAAUCAAAACCUCACAGGAGCUGGCGAGCCCCUCUAUCAGUCAACAACGCACGGGAGCUGAGGAGCGCCCCAACCAAUCAAAACCUCACAAGAGCUGGCGAACCCUCUAUCAGUCAACAACGCAUGGGAGCUGAGGAGCGCCCCAACCAAUCAAAACCUCACAAGAGCUGGCGAGCCCUCUAUCAGUCAACAACGCAUGGGAGCUGAGGAGCGCCCCAACCAAUCAAAACCUCACAGGAGCUGGCGAGCCCCUCUAUCAGUCAACAACGCACGGGAGCUGAGGAGCGCCCCAACCAAUCAAAACCUCACAGGAGCUGGCGAGCCCCUCUAUCAGUCAACAACGCAUGGGAGCUGAGGAGCGCCCCAACCAAUCAAAACCUCACAGGAGCUGGCGAGCCCCUCUAUCAGUCAACAACGCACGGGAGCUGAGGAGCGCCCCAACCAAUCAAAACCUCACAAGAGCUGGCGAGCCCUCUAUCAGUCAACAACGCAUGGGAGCUGAGGAGCGCCCCAACCAAUCAAAACCUCACAGGAGCUGGCGAGCCCCUCUAUCAGUCAACAACGCACGGGAGCUGAGGAGCGCCCCAACCAAAUCAAUACCUCAUAGGAGCUGGCGAGCCCCUCUAUCAUUCAAUAACGCAUAAGAGAUAACGAGCGCCCCUACCAGUAAAUACCUAACCGGAGCUGGCAAGCGCUAACGAAAUAUAGCAGAAGAUGAUUGACGGGCAUCAGAAGAAACCGUCGACGCUGUCGAGCAUCAAAGAAAUACAAUAAAGUGAGUAUUAGAAAAUUACUCGCGUUGGCGAACGCUAUAUAAAAACGUAAAUUCUCCAUCAUUGACAAAGACUAUCAAAGGAAUUGAAGCCCUCUUAAUCGGCGAUCUUAUGCCAACACACAAAACUAACAACAGUUCUCACAUAAAAAAUAAAAAAAACCCUACUCUCCUUGAAACUCUAACACAACUAUCGAGACUACUCUCACAAAAUGUGAUGUCUUUAUAGACACUUUGUAUAACUCUUUAUACAAAGAGAUAUACAAAGGGGGGCAACUGUAGACACCACAUUUUGUCCGAGAUAAUUGUUUUAUUGAAAAUAAUUUUGUCACGUCAUACUACAAUUAUAUUUAAAUAGAAGUUGAAGAUAGUUUGGUUGAGACUAGCAGUUGCAAGUCAAUAUGAAUCAACAAUUAUCAAAUUUGCUCCUAGUCGAUUCUAGGGCCUAAUUAGUUAAGAUAGGACCGGUUUAAGUUAAGAUUAGCAGUGGCAAAUCUUACAUAUAAAUUCUCAAUUGGAUGGAAGAAAUGACUUUAGUGCAAAUUUUGUUGCUCGAGUUUGGAUUUGAAUUCGGUAUUUGAAAUGGGACAAAUUGAAUAGUGGAAUGAGCUUUAUUAUCAAAGAUUGUACAACUUGGGUAAUGACCUCUAAAUGAAGCAAGAAUUAUAAUUAACUACAAUAACUAAUGCUAACUCUACAAAAUUUGGGGCACCAAUCAGAUCAAGACUAGGCCUCUUUGCUAUUUCUUUUGGGCCCAAAGCAAACCCAACCUGCAGAAAAAAAGAAGACCAGUCAGUUCUCAAGUGAGAGUCCAAGUCCAUAGAUUAAGCCCAAAUCAAAAUAAUUCAAGACUAGACAGAGCCCAGUAUCGGCCCAGAAAAUUUAUGACAGGCCCAGCCCAGACAAACGUCCAACAAACAGGCCCAGCUCGGCCCAUCGAAAUCGGACCAUAACCGAACCGGCCUGGUUCGGCCUGACCACAUCCCAUCCACAGCCGACCUCAACACCAGGCACACUCUUCAAAGUCAUAUUAAAAAAAUGGACGAAUUAUAUAGCGACACGUGGCCCUUUGGUUUGCUUUAAAUGAGCUCCUUGAGCUCUUUGUUGUAGGGGGGACGAAUGGAAAAAAGGAGAGAAACAUACAGAAAAUUCUAAAAAAAACAAGAGACUAAUCUUUUCAUUACAACAACUGAGCCCAGAUCUGAAGGGUGGAGCACAAAGAAGUGUUCUUGGAGCAGAAUUCCCAAUCAGGUUGGUACUUUUGACUCUGCUUUAAUGUUGAUAGAUAGCAUUUUAGCUCGUUUCAUCCAGUCUUGAUCAUUAUACAGUUGCAAUAUCCAUCAACUUGUAUUGAAGCAAUUUAAUUUACAAACACUUCUGCAUUCUUUACGUUCAAGAACUGUAUUUACUUGUAAUAAGAUCUGCUCAUAGCCAUAGCAAUUCCAAUUCGGCAUUAAGCUUCUUUCAAUUGAGUAUUUAUUUACUUCUCCUAUCAAUUCAUAGACUAUUUUAAAGUUAUGUUAUGCUUUCCAUUUCCUUGCAAGCAAAUAGCUAGCCAAUAGUCGAUUUAUCAUAUACAAGCAAAUAGACAGAGGUCUUUAGAAACAAGCAAAUAGAUCCGGAGCAAUCCAGAUCUAGAUACAACAAAAACACCCUAAAUAUGAUAAAAUUUCAGAUUUCAA